AUGAACAAUCCAACCGUCCGUGCAGCUCAAAUUCAAAUCAAGGUUCUUGAUUUGGAAGAUGAGGUUGAAUUCUUGAGAAGUGAGAAUAUUAUGCACAAGGAUGAGAACGAAGAUCUCACAGCUCAAUUGGAAGUUCUUAAGAAGACCAGUGAGAAUGAAAAGGUUAGUUUUUAAAAUCAUUUCUAGAUAUUUCAUAAACAUAUUUUUUCUCUUCAGAUCGAAGCUCUUGAAGACCAAUCAGCUGAACACGAAGAAGCAAUCUUCGAACUUCGCCAAGAUCACAAAAGCAAAACUCUCGACAUAGUUAUGUCAAGAGUUCUCGAUGAAUUAACAUCUGCUAGAGUUCCUGAAGCCAGAAUUCAGCAUUUUCUGAAGAAGAAACGAAUGAUCGAAGCAGAAAUCGCUGAUGUUUUGAAUGUUUCCGAAAGGCGGCCAAACAAAGUUGGAAAGCGAAAACUUCAGCGAGAAUUCCAGCGGCGAAAUGAGCAACAUCAUGAAGAAGUUAGAAAAGUGAGAAAUGAGGAGAGAGAAAAAAUUCGAGAAGAUGUGCUUUGGGAGGCUGAGAUUCAUCGCGAACUCAAUAAGGUGAGUAAUUUGAGAGCUUCGGGAUUCUUUUCAAUUUUAAUUAUCAAUUUUUUAAAGGCGAAACGUCAAAGACUCGAACAUCUCAUCGAAGUUGCAACCUACGAGGAGCAACAGAGAGCAGCUGAGCGUGCUCGAAUUCGAGAGCAACAACGACUAGAAGAGGAAGAAGAAGAAGAAGAGGAGGAUUCUGAAGAUGAAUUUGCUGAAAGUGAAAGUGACGCUGAAUUUGAAGAUGAGGAUAUCGAAGUUGUCUAA